AAGAGGAAGGGCAGCCUGAUGCGGCCCUCGACCCAAACACCUCGACCCAAUCCGUCCUCUCCCCGACCACCGCGCCGCACCACCGUCCCGCCUCGCCGCGCUGUCCACCAGCCACCGCUUUCCCUCCGGCCUCUAUCGCUCCGCCGCCUGCUGCUACGCCGUCGAACCCCCGCCCCACGAUCCUCCAAGCCCCACUCGUCUCCCCUGGCCUCUGCCGCUGCUGUUCCUGACGUCCCCUGCGGCGGUGACAUGACUAGGUCCCACGGCGAGGGCAGGGAGGAGGACCGGCCCGUGGCUUGCGAGACGGGGCCGCGGAAGAAGGCAAGGAAGGGGAAGCGGGGGAGCGCCAAGGCUCGGCCGCCUCCACCUGCCCCGUCCCAGGAGCACCGCGCCACCACCAGCGACGACGACGGGUCGGCUCAGGUCAGGGCUAUGGUGGCCGAGCAGAUGCGGGAUAUCCUUGCCGUCGACGCCGCUAAGAAGAAGAAAGUUGCCGAGCUACUUAAAGGCCUCUCUGGGGAACGUGACCUUUCUGUGGAGGAUACGUUUGGUGACUCCAAUGAUGGCAGCCUUGAGAGUCUUCAGGCUCGUAAAGUUGCAUUGUUGGUCUCAAAGUCAGUCGUCAGCCUGUCUUCUUUUGCAGGUGGAAAGAGGAUCCGUGUAUGUUCGGGAUUUGUGAUGCAUGGAACAGACAAUACUGGUGCAAAUAUGAUUUUAACCUCAGCAACACUUGUUAGAUCUCUGAAUGGAGACAGUAAUGUGAUAUCUGAUGUGACGGUCAAGGUUCUUCUACCUGAUGGGCAUAUAACAGAUGGCCACAUCUUUCUUGUGGAUUUUCACUAUAAUGUAGCUGUCGUCAAAAUUGCAGCUUAUUUAGCGCUCUUAGAAGAAGGCACUACCAACAAUGGCGCCGUGUUAGCACUUGGACGUGCAUAUGAAGGUGGUCUUCUCAUGUGUUCACGGGGUCAAGUUGUAAACAAAAAAAGCAAAUUUGGGUGCGCGGAGCUAUUGGUGUCAAGCUGCAAGGUUUCCAUGGCUGGUUCUGGAGGACCUCUUGUCAAUUACAACGGUCAAGUUCUUGGUAUCAACUUCUACGAAAAGAAUCAAACAUCAUACCUUCCCAUGUUAAUUGUAUCAAGGAUCCUGGAACAACAUCACUGCUUCGGGAAAUUAAUUAGCCCCUGGCUUGGAUUAAGGUACAGUUCUCUUCAUAUGGUUCCACUGGCCGUCUUGGAGCCUAUCUAUCAAAAAUUCCCAGAUGUUGACCAGGGUUUAUAUGUUUCAAAGGUUGUUGAGGGAUCACCUGCUGAUGUUGCUGGGUUACGUGUCGGUGAUGUUCUUGUAAAAUGUGGUGACAAACUUCUCUCUAGUGUCCCAGAGUUCAUGCAUCAGUUUGGUGCAAUGUUACUGGAUGAUGCAAAAGCUCAUUCUGAAGCCUUUGGAGGUUGGGCUGGGGACAUGACAAUUGAGGUUGUGAUAAAGCGACAAAGAGAUGGCAGCACGGUGUCAAAAACUAUAGCCGCAGAGAUGCUGAGAGAGAACAACUAUAACAGAUGGCCUGCACCUAUGCCAAGCUACACAAUUCGCCUAAUAAAUGUCACGCCGCGUCGACUCUCCCGGAACCUCUUUUUGAUUUUGAUUGGUAGUCCCACGUGGAUUGAUCCAUCUUCUGGGCACAAGAUGCAGCUCUCUGAAAAGAAAGAUUCUGGGGCAUGAGACCCGGUCAGUGAAGUCAGCUGGACGACCAACUGGGACGGAAACUGUUUCUCUCGAGCUUUGCCGCCUUGUAUGAAUUUGAAUUUGAAUUUGCAAAGGGGAGGUAUGCCCAGUCUGCAAACGGAAGUGGAAGCUUGUAUCCAGCACUGGCCAUGACCAGAGCACAUGAAUGGGCCAAUGGGGUGUGAUGUGAUGUGAGCAACAUCAUUCUGGAAACGGACCCCAUGCAGCAGCACAGCAGCUUGUCCAGGCGAUCAACACGAGCCUUCGCCCAGGCUUGGGUUGCCAGCAUUCUGGAAAUGGAAUGAUGAUUCCCAGCUCAAAAUAAAAAUAAAUGAUGUAACAUUUUUCUUAUGUUUUCUACGUACUGCAGAGAAAAGUAAUGCUGCAACAACAUUGAAAAUGGCCCUCAUGGGGAAAAAACGAGUCAUGCCAUGAUUCAGGUUUUGCAUUUGAGCGAGUUCCAACGCCCAGGGAGGUAGGGGGUCUGGGGCUCAACCUGCCCUUGAAACGAUGCCAAUAAGGCUAGAAACUCCAAAUUGGUUCUUAAACCGGAUGAUAACAUGAGGAAAGAUAUCAUAAGCUACUGAGAAAGUUGAGCUACGAAUUAACAAACACUCCAUCAGUUAAUAGUCGGACGCCAAGUGAAGAAAAUCGGCUGCUCCAUCAGUUAAAUAGUCGGACAACAAGUGAAGAAAACCGCAUGCUACAGAGAGCACUAACAAGCAAGGCAUUGAGCAGAGACCAAGUGCCUACAAGUACAUAG